AUGUCGUACAUGUUUGAGGUGUCUGAGGAAGUCUCCGGCUUCAGCAGGUGUGGGAUCUGCAUCGCUCAGUCCUUGAAGAUCCCUCACAAUCACAAGCAGGAGAACUUCGACAAGAUCGUCAGGCUGCUUCUGGACACCCGUUACGCUCGGGCAGUCGUCCUUUUCACCUCAGAUGAGGACAUACGGGGUAUCCUGAAUGCCAGUAAGAGGGCGGACCAGGUGGGUCAUUUCCUGUGGAUCGGUUCAGACAGCUGGGGAGCCAAGAACAGCCCUGUCCAUCAGCUAGAAGAAGCAGCAGUGGGAGCUGUCACUAUCCUGCCAAAAAGAACAACCAUUGCCGGGUUUGACGCAUACUUCACAUCGCGGACGCUGGAGAACAACCGCAGGAACGUUUGGUUCGCAGAAUACUGGGAGGAGAACUUCAACUGUAAACUAAUGAGUUCCUCCAAGAAGGAAGACACCAGCAGGAAGUGCACAGGCCAGGAGCGGAUCGGGAUUGACUCUAAGUACGAACAGGAGGGGAAGGUUCAGUUUGUGAUCGAUGCGGUGUACGCUAUGGCCCAUGCCCUUCACAACAUGCAGAGAGACCUGUGUCCCGAUGUCUCAGGGAUCUGUGAAGAUAUGGACCUAGCUGGGGGCAAGAAACUGCUCAAGUACAUCCGCAGUGUCACCUUCAAUGGUAAGUAUACUAAUGCCAACACAUCAAUCAAUCGACCAAUCAAUCAACCAAUUAAUCGAUCAUUCAACCAAUCAAUCGAUAUAGUACCCCAUAACGACGUGAUAACAACCUAUUAG